UUUCCUUGUCUUCUAUUCGUCCAAAUUGACAUAAUUGACAUGAACCCAGAUAUCCUUUAUAUUUUUCAGGUCACAAAUUCAGAUUGGUUGACAUUUUUCAUGAUUUCUCCCCACUGUGUGCCACAUCCGGUGCGGGAUGAGGGGGGCGGGAUGUCUGGGUGAGGACUGAAGCCACAGGCAUCUGUUAAUGGAUUUGCGUUUACACUGACAGCAGAUCUAAACACCGUUUUCUCUGAUUUUUCCUCGACUAAAUUGAUGUUUUUCUGUUUUGAUUUAUUUUACGCACGAAGACUGAGCGUCUCCGGACCCCCCGAUUAUUUGACGAUUUUCCGGAAUCCGGAGGCAUAGAUAUAUUUAUUCGUGUUCCUAGCAUGCGCCACAGGUUCUGUGGUUGGUGUAAAAGCAGAUGAUGAAAACAGGAGGAAGCUAUUUCCUUCACGUGGCAGAGAUGGAUGUGAAAACAGCCUCGUCGGCGAUGGAAGCGUUGGUUCGGAUCAGCGUGAGUACCUUUUAUUGUCUCGAAAAUAACAAAAGAAAAAGAUUUUUGAAACAGUUUUCGAGGUCAGAUUAAAUGAUUUGGAUGUAAAAUGAAACGUGCCACUAGAACAUUCACAGUUUUAUCCGCGUCGUUGCGUUUUCCUGCACGUGAUUAAUGCAGGAGAUGAAAGGCCUCAACAGAUUCGAUCUGAAUUAUUUUUCUAAUCGAACAGAAAUGUGUAAUAAAGCCAAAAAUGCGGUUAUUAUGCGCGCAAACAGGCGCAAAAUCGCAGAAUUGACUGAAAGGCACGUUUCCUAAUUGGACGGCCGUUUCCAUGGAGACGUGAUGCAGGUCUCCAGCUCAAAGCCGAUGGGAUUUUCAGACGGAAUAUGUUUAAAGGAUGAAAGUGCAGAGCUGCACCUCCUCUUCUGUCGAAUCAGCCUCCAUUUCUCCUCUCUCCAUCUUCCACCUCCUCUCUGUGACGCCUCUCAAACCCCUCCCCUCUCCCCAAGACACAUCGUCUGUCCUCAUGCGGGAUAUGUAGCCUUUAGUCCGCUGUCAUGGCGCCUAGAUUCCAGGUGAAGCAGUCCAACAUGAAGAGCCUGGAGCACGAGCUGCAUUGUCCCGUGUGUAAGGAAAUAGUCAAGCAGCCCGUGGUCCUGCCAUGCCAGCACAGCGUCUGUCUGAUGUGCGCCUCUGAGGUCCUGGUGGCAAAUGGCUACCCACCUCCAGAUCUUCCCCCGGAACCCAACUCUCCAGCCUCCACCCCCAACAUGCGCUCACCUCGUCAGGCGCGCAGGCCCACCCCCAAAUCUGAGCAGCGACCUAUUGACCGCGUGCUGCGAUCAGGUCCCCACCCGCCUUCGCCAUCCAUGCCUCGUUCUCCUGGACAUGGGACGUAUCCAGGGCGACGCCGCAAAGAUGCCCCACCCCUGGUGAUGAUGUUCCCCUGCAUCCCUUGCGGCCGAGACGUUGAAUUAGGAGAAAGGGGCCUCGCUGACUGUCUCCGCAACCUCACACUGGAGCGAAUUGUGGAAAGGUACAGACACACGGUGAGCCUGGGCAGCGUUGCUGUGACGUGUCAGUUUUGCAAACCUCCCCAAACUCUGGAGGCCACUAAGGGCUGUGCUGACUGCAGGGCGAAUUUCUGUAACGAGUGUUUUAAGCUCUAUCACCCCUGGGGGACGCCGCGGGCCCAACACGAACACAUCCAGCCGACACUUAACUUCAGGCCAAAGGUUCUGACUUGUACGGAGCACGAUCAGGAGAAGCUGCAGUUCUACUGCAGGUCCUGCCAGCGGCUCCUCUGUCCUCUCUGCAAACUGCGCCGAACCCACACUGGACACAAAAUUCUCCCAGUGGCUCAGGCCUACCAAGCUCUGAAGGAGAAGAUUACUAAAGAGAUGAACUACAUUCUGUCCAGUCAGGACAUGGUUCUGACCCAGAUCACCCAGCUGGAGAGUGCCAUCACUCAGACUGAGGUCAACAGUGUUUCAGCCAGGGAGCAGCUGGCUCAGAGCAUCAGGGAUCUGACGGCCACCUUGGCCGAGCGUCACGCCUCGCUCACCCAGGCUCUGGAGGGAGCGCGGCAGAAACGGGGCGAGGCACUGGCUGCUCAGGUGGCUGAGAGGCGGAGCUUGAUGGAACAUGCGGGGCUCGUAGCGUUCACCCAGGAGCUGCUGAAAGAAGCAGAUCAGCCUUGCUUUGUACAGGCGGCGCGGCAAACUCAUAACAGGCUGAGCAAAGCAAUAGAGAAUCUCCAGCAUUUCACCUUAGCUGCUGAUCCAUCCUUCAGACACUUCCAGCUGGACGUCUCCAAAGAGCUCAAACUCCUGACAGAGCUGAACUUCAUCCAGGCUCCUCUGGCUCCGGUGAUCGACACCCAGCGCUCUCUGGCGUACGACCAGCUCUUCUUGUGCUGGCGGCUGCCCCAGGAGUCCGCACCCGCCUGGCACUUCUCGGUGGAAUAUAGGCGCCGCGGUGUGGUUCCGGGGGGAGCAUCCAGAGGAGGGAUCAGAGGAGGACUUGCAUCCGCCCGCUGGGGAUGGCAGCGCCUGGAUGAAGUGAGUGGAACCAGCGCUGUGAUUGACAGGCUGGAGAUGGACAGCGUGUACGUCCUACGGGUGAGAGGCUGCAACAAAGCGGGCUUUGGGGAGUACAGCGAGGAGGUGUAUCUGCACACCCCACCUGCACCAGUGCUUAACUUCUACCUGGACUCCCGUUGGGGUCUCCAUGCCGACCGGCUGGUGGUCAACAAAGAGCAGCGUGGUGCUCGAAGCGUCCCUGGUCUCUCUCUGCUGCAGGCCGCCGACCACGCCCUCACUUCCUGCCACCUGACCUCUGACCUUCUGGUAGGGGACGUAGCCAUUACCCAGGGAAGACACUACUGGGCGUGCUCAGUAGAACCUGGAUCUUACCUUGUCAAGGCAAGUGAAUUCGAUGUGCACUUCAUAUUCACUGUGAAGGCUCAACGUGAGAAAAUCCAUAAUACAUAUAAGCAUAUAAGUAUUUUGAUCGGCUCUUUUUCUGCAAGUCAGUUCUGCAAGAACAAAUAUUUAGUCUUGCUUUUGCUCAUCGUCUAAAGCCUGUAAAGAAAUUAGGAGGUUGUUCAUGUUAGUAAAGUAACUUGACUACUCAAAGAAAAAAAACAAUGGAAGGAGCAUCAGAAUCACCACCUAGAGGUGAGGUUUACUGAGAAGUAUAUAAUCCUUGUUCUUUUUAAAAUACAACUGGUCAAUCUGAGUUUUACAAACACAGAGAAAGUGAAAAUGUCCUUUAACCCAACUUCUUGCAUUAUGGUGCGUUCCAGUUGUCCUCGGAACUCGGAAUUUCCGAGCAGGAAAUUACGUAACGGGGUCGUUUUGCGUUCCAGCUUCCAACUCGAAAAAAAUAAAUAAGUGGAUGCCACCAGUGUUGUUGAGUACUAAACCAAAAGAAUUAUAUAACUUAAGUAUUCUCCGCAUCUAAAUAAUAGUGACACACACACCCUUUGACAGUUGCCACAUACAGCAAAUGUUAAAAUAUAAAUGCCAGGAAAAGUAAAAACCAUACACACCGGUCCAUUUUGGUGGCAAUGUUAAAAUUUUCAACAACGUAACUAUUGUAAACAACAAUAAACAACUUUCCGAUGCUGUUAAAUAGCAAAACGAAAGAAAACUGAACAUAUAAAGGAGAAAAAAUAAAGAGGAUAACUACUUCCUGUUGGCACCGGGCGCAGUCAUCUUUACACUUGGGAUCUCGGGGUCUUCUGAAAGCGAUGAGCUCGCAGCUCGGAAUUUCGAGUUCAUUCCGUCAUUUCCGGCUAACUUAUCUCGAGAAAACGAGUUCCGAGGACAACUGGAACUCACCAUUAGCCGCCAAAAGGAAAAAGCCGGGGGAACGCUAGCGUCAGAAAAAGCCACUGAGAUCUACAUCUACAUCUAAAAUUAAGAUUAUUGGACUCAUCCAUCUCCAAAGAUGGAAGCUGUUUUUGACUCCAGGAGAGAGCAGAGCUCAUCUUGGCUAAUAGAAGCUAACCAUUAGCAUUUGCAACUCCACAGUAAGGCACCUUCAUUCUUGUGUUAUUUGUGGAAAUAAAACAUCAACGUUGCAACGCAAACAGAGUCGGUGGUGAAGUCAUGUUAACUAAUCAGAGGUGAGAUUUUAGAACAUCGUGAAUACUAAUGAGUAAUCCAGCCUUUCUCUGUCCCCCUCUCCGCUUGCUAACUUCUACCUCCGCCAGAACUUUUUUCCACAGGCAACGAAUUACAAGGCCUUCAUGAACACUAGAGACCACUUCAAGCAUAUAGAAACUAGUGUGAGCCACUUUAAUCUGUGUUUAUUUAAUAGAUUAGCAUGCUAGCUAUGGGGGCCAUUGAAACGCAGAUGUUUUCUCUUUGUUUGGUUAUUUUUAAUCUGGUCAUGUUAAACCUUCAUUCAUCUUCUUGUAAACUUAAAAACACCCUGAAUUAUGGAGGACCGACACCCUGACUGAUUUGCUCUCAUAAGACGGUUCAGUUCAGCUCAGUACUGUUUGUUUUUGUUGAACAGGUGGGGGUUGGUUUGGAGUCCAAACUUCAGGAGUGGUUU